GAGAGGGACUGGCUGAGCUGUUUUUCUAUUGGUUUUCGAAUCGAAGCUGCGUGUCAAAGUUCACCACACUCGAGGUUGGCGCGUGAGAAAAAUACAGUUGUGAGGGUAACAAACCUUUUAGUUCAGUGACCACAUGUCUGAAGUAACGUGCUAAUCUGAGUAACAAGCGAGGGUCAAUAAUUGAAAAAGUAUAAUAUAGUUUCAAUAUCGCUACGUUACGGUAAAUGGGGCUUCAACUCGGAGCUCUUUUUUCUUUCGAUGUGAAGGGCGAACGGAGUGGCAACGUUUCCAGCAGAAUAAUUAAGUAACUAAGCGAGCGUUUCUAAUGCACUACGAGCCCCCAACUAAGUGCCUGAGGAGCGGAUCGGCAGGGGCUUUAGUUCGUUGUGCGUCCAAAGAAAACUCCAGCGCUUUGCUUCCAUCAUCAAAGAACCGAAUUGAUGAGCUGCAACUUGCGGUAAAGCGGCAAAGGAAAAGAAAAAGAUCAUGGAGACCGAAAUGGAAUGCGUCUUGUGACAGACGACAACCCUUUAUAAUCUGAAACGGCUUCUCAAAGGGCUUCCUUCCCCUGAUCUGUCCAAUCACAAUCCCAGUCCACCGGGUUUUUUAACGCAAGUGCUGGAUGGUUCAGAAAAUCUAUGAGUCUACCAAAACUGGCAGAACCGACAGACCGCACAAUCACCGCCACCCUCUGAGAGAGGCUUUAAGCAUUCUCCUCUACCCUCUGAGUUCAGCCUUCGUUCAAGUCUCCUGCAUUCUCCUCGGCUAUCACCAACGCCCUCUGAUUGCAGCCGCCGUUCAGCCCUCCUGCAAUCCCCUUUGCUGUCAACGCUUUACUCCGACUACUGACCUUGGCGUAGAAUUCGUCACUCACCCCGAUAUUCCUUUCAUCAGUGCAACGAGCGGAGCCGCCAAGAAAGAAGACUGGAGUGGGCGCAGGUGGCUGUGGACCUUCGCCAGUUACUGGUUCGAAUUGUAGAAUCAGAAUCUUCUCUGUACCAUUCCAGACCCGAACUGAGGUUAUAUAUGAUACAUAUGUAUGCUUUUUACAUGGUUCUGACCCAAGAUUAAAGAGUAGGUUUUAUAUUCCUUUUUUCUUUAAAAUAACAUUGACUGCAAUUGUUAUAUUCUGUGUUCAUAACUGCAACCUUUGAUUAAAUUUAGGUCAUGCCUGAAAACGGGUAUCGCGGCAGCAGCAGCAGCAGCACCGACAGCGACCGUGAACAGCCUGGAGGGACUAAAGGUAGGAAAAGACCAUCCGGUGAAAACCUUAAGCUAUUAAACGAGACAUCUGAUAACCUUGAAUAUUCCAUAAAGCCCCCUAAAAUUCCCACACAGUCGCGAUCUCCUCAAAUUUUUCAAGCACCAUCCCCAGUUACACAACCGGUCAACAAUUUUGACAUCAUUAACAGUUCGCUCCAGGUUCUAAAUUCUGAUGAUAAAGCCGUCUUGAACUCUUUGCUAUUGAAUAAUACCUCUUGUGAGGCCAGAACGUCUUCAGAUCCCGGUCCUUUACAACAGCCUAGCACCCUAGACAUGAUUGCAAAAUCCCCACAACCUUCUAUCUCGGGUACAAGUAGACUUCCACUUCAGUACUUAUCUGUUGAUGACUUGACUACGUUGAAUGGCCCAGUAAUACAACCUUCUACCUCAGGUACAAGUGAGGCCCGUCUUCAGCACUCGCCUGUUGAUGACUUAACCGCGUCGGAUAAUUCAGCCUUACAUCCUCAGACCGGAGCUGGAGUGACUAAUCUGUCUGGGGCAAAUUUGAGUGUCGACGUUAACUCUCCACAGCCAUCAACCUCGCAUACGGCGAAUCCUUCAUCUCCAGAGCCGGCAGUAAGCUCCCCGCAGCCCUCUACCUCUAGAUUAAAUAAUUGGUCUAUAACUGAGCGUCCAAAAUUUAACAAUAUCGAGAUUAGACACUGUUUCAAUUUUUCUGAGGCCUACAAACUCGAUUCAUUUGCCAAAGUUUUUAAUCAUAUACACGAGACCCUUCAGCAAAUAUUAGACAGUUUUGCAAGCACUUUGAAUCCUAAGGAUCUAGUCCAGCUAGAAUUAAAGGCUGAUUCUCUCAAUCCCAGUGUUUCUUCCCUAACCACCGCUGGUGCACUUUCUGUUGAGGACUUUUUUAACCAAAUUGAAUUACUUCUCCAGAGUCGCGCUACUAUUUUAGCCGAUUCCAGUCUGAUGCUAAUCGUUCAGGUUGUGAGGGCUCCAUCUGGUGGUGGGGCUCAUAGGCGUAAAGCUUGUACCCUUUCCAAUGAUAUAAUCGUGAAAAAGAAACGGAAGCAUCUAUGGAUCUCCUUCAACCCUGAUGAUCAGUGCUGUUUUGCCAGGGGCUUGCUGGCUGUAUUAAACAAUAGGUUCAAAAGCAAUCCGAAAUUGUGUGAACAUGAGGCCCGUCAAUUGCACGUCAGGGCCGGAUUAUCACUGGAUCAGAAGGUAGCGUUUUCAGAUGUUGAAAAAUUUGAGAGUUUAUUGGGUAUUAAAAUUAUCGUCUGGUACCAGGAACCGAACACUAGUGCUCUAUUAAAAUUUGAAGCGUCCCAGGCCAGAAAACCAAAGACGGUGUUCCUGUUUUUGCACAAUGAGCAUUAUUACGGUAUUUUGAAUCUGAAAGGAUUUCUGGGAUUUGAUUAUAUCUGCGAUUUCUGCUACUCGGGAUAUUCUGCCCCGUCACUACGCUGCUGCAAACAUCAGUGUGACGUCUGUUUAUCUCCAGACUGCCGAGGGGGUGACGGUGAGGCUUUUCAGUGUCCCGAUUGCAAUCGUUUUUGCAAAUCAAUGUUUUGCUUCGAACUCCACAAAACGCGUAAAUUUGAUGAAAAGACGUGUCAAUCUGAAAGCAUCUGCGAUGUCCUUAAAGUCAGUGUGAAAGCCGAGUCAAAACCUGACAAGUGUCUCCCCAGAUACUGUCGCGUUUGUAGAGUUGAAAUGAAAGAGUCGGAUGAAAAUCAUCAGUGUUUUAUUCAGAGCUUACCGCAAAGACCGGUCGACGAAAAGUACGUGUUCUAUGAUUUUGAAUGCCGUCAAGAUGGCGGGACUCGCAUCCCAAAUUACAUCCACUGCAUGCAUUGGAGUGGUAAAUCGUGGAGCUGGGCCGGUGAGGACUGCGUAGCAAAGUUCUUUGACAGAUAUCGGUGCCCAAAAUACCAAGAUUACACGUUCAUAGCUCACAAUUCUAAGGGCUAUGACGGCUGUUUCUUAAUGAAAUAUCUCGUGGAGAGCGGUCAAACCCCAUUUGUUACAGCUCAGGGAUGUAAACUAAUGUGCUUUAUAGAAGAAGAUUAUGACUUGAGAUUCAUCGACUCGUUAAACUUCUUACCUAUGAAAUUGAGCAGUAUGCCCAAAGCCAUGGGAUUUCAGGCUCAAAAAGGGUACUUUCCCCAUUUCUUUAACACCACUGAAAAUCAAAAUUACAUCGGUCCGUACCCAGAUCCUAAAUAUUAUGGCAUUCAACACAUGUUGAGCAAGGAAAGAGAGGAAUUUUUGUCUUGGUACGAAUUGAUUAAAAGCAAAACCUUCAACUUUAGAGAAGAAAUGGCUUACUAUUGUAGAAACAACGUUGUUAUUUUGAGAUCAGCUUGCAUGAAAUUUAGAGAAGAAGUGCUCAGGAUCGGUAAUAUUGACCCUUUUCAGUGUAUGACCCUAGCUUCUCUCUGCCUGUCCAUGUACAGACAAAAUUGUAUGCCUAAUAAAUCAAUUGGAAUAAUUCCGAGUGAUAAUUACAAAAGCACCCACAAAGCUUAUUCUACUGCUUCUAUUCAGUGGAUGAUGUUUCUUUCCGAGAAGGAAAAGAUAAACAUUCGGCAUGCCCUGAAUCACGGUGAAGUAAAGAUGGGGUCAUUUUAUCUAGAUGGGUACGCCGAAAUUCAGGGUGUGCCGACAGCCUUUGAGUUUGCUGGUUGCUUUUAUCACGGGUGUCCAAAGUGCUACGAUGCGCAAGCCAAACAUCCUCUCACGGGUACGUCUUAUGCUGAAUCGUUUAAAACGCUUGACGACAAACUGAAGAAAUUGCGUGAAAAAUUUAAUCUGGCGGUUAGAGUGAUUUGGGAGCACGAGUGGGAGCGCAUGAGAAAAGACGACUUGGAGCUUCAGGAUUUUUUAAAGCGAUUUGAGUUUCCUGAACCUAUCAAUCCCCGUGAUGCCCUCAAUGGAGGGCGCACCAACGCUAUCAAAUUAUAUCAUAAGGUUCAAGGCGACGAGCAAAUUCAUUAUUACGAUUUUACAAGUCUGUACCCUUAUGUCAACAAAACAAAGACCUACCCGAUCGGCCAUCCGACCUUUGUUUUUGAGGAGUUUGCUGAUCUUAAGCAUUACUUCGGGCUCAUUAAAAUCACUAUGCUAGCCCCCCGCAAAUUGUAUUUUCCGGUCCUCCCUUUAAGAAUUUGCGGUAAAUUGAUGUUCACUCUGUGCCGUACGUGUGCAGAAACCCAGACAUCAACCGCCUUUGCUGUCACAAUGAUCGGGAGCGCUGUUUAA